AGAUCUGCCGAGGAACAGCUCCUCUGCACCACACAGCACGACCUGCAGCUGGCACAGGGAGAGGUGCUAACAGCCAUAUGAGUGGGAGCAGGCUGAGCGCUCACAGCCCAUAACAUGGGCCAGACUGACUCUUCCACAAUCCACAGCCACCUCUUUCUCCCAGUGACAUUCUCAGCAACCACCUCACCACCCCACAGAACUCAAGCAAAGGGAUCUUGCAAAGGCCUUCCUCAAAUGUGGGUGGCAGACUGGGAGGUUGCUACAAGACGUGGAGUUGAGUGCACACAGAGAGGUGACACUAACAUCUUCUUGUCUCUCCCCCCCUUUAAUAGGUCCACAUAUUCAGAGACAGCAAAUGUCCAACAGCAGCUCCAACAGCGAGUUCCUCCUCCUGGCAUUUGGAGAGAGGUGGGAGCUGCGGCUUCUCCACUUCUGGCUCUUCCUGGGCAUCUAUCUGGCUGCCCUCCUGGGCAACGGCCUCAUCAUCAUAGGCAUAGCCUGCGACCACCGCCUGCACACCCCCAUGUACUUCUUCCUCCUCAACCUUGCCCUUCUUGACCUUGGUGGCAUCUCCACCACUGUCCCCAAAUCCAUGGCCAAUUCCCUACUGGACAGCAGGUCCAUUUCCUACUCAGGGUGUGUUGCCCAAGUCUUUUUCUUUGUCUUCUUGGCUGGAGCGGAGUUUUCUCUUCUCAUGGUCAUGUCCUAUGACCGGUACAUUGCCAUUUGCAAGCCCCUGCACUACGGGACCCUACUGAGCAGCAGGACUUGUGCCACCAUGGCAGCAGCUGCCUGGGGCUGUGGGUUUCUCAGUGCUAUCCUGCACACUGCCAAUACAUUUUCACUGCCACUCUGCCAAAGCAAUGCUGUGAACCAAUUCUUCUGUGAAAUACCCCAGAUUCUUAAGCUCUCCCACUCGCACUCCUUCCUGAGGGAAAUAUGGGCUACUGUGGCUGUUGUCUCUUUAGCCUCUCUUUUUUUUGUUUUCAUUCUUUUCUCCUAUGUGUGGAUCUUCAGGGCUGUGCUGAGGAUGCCCUGUGAGCAGGGACGGCACAAAGCCUUUUCCACAUGCCUCCCUCACCUCGCUGUGGUCUCUCUGUUUCUCAGCACUGCCUUUUUUGCCUACUUGAAGCCUCCCUCCAUCUCCUCCCCCAUCUCAGAUCUGGUGGUGGCUGUCCUGUACUCGGUGCUACCUCCAACACUGAACCCCCUCAUCUACAGUAUGAGGAACAUGGAGCUCAAGGUUGCUGUUAGAAAAGUGAUUUCACAGAUGUUUCUAAAUAUUUGUAAGUUUACACUGUCUUGUAGUUAUCUUUAGUGUCAUUUGCAUUUGUUAUGGUCCUUGUAAUGUUUUCAGUUCAUCUCACUUCUACUGAAGAAUGGAAGUCCUGUUCACUUUUAAGGCUGUACAGGGGUGUGUCUCUACGUAGGUGUGAGCUACCUCUGAGUUUGCAUCUACUUAAUAAAAAACAAAUUCCACAUU